AUGGUUAGACAGCGUAUAAAUUGUAAUGCGCCUUUAUUUUCACCAGCUGAUUAUGAUUUUAUUAUGCAACGUGAAAAUGAAAGGCCAAGGAAAAAAGUGUUAGAGGAAUUAAUGCACAAAUAUAACACAUCAAUGAAACGCAUAUAUCAGAUUUGGAGAGGCGAAGAAGCUAAUAGAAUUGCCUGGAAUCGACCAAUAGCUGAUAUUUCUAAUGCGAGAUCAGGUUCCGGGAUUCCUAUAGAAACCGCCUCCUUUGUGAGCUCUUAUGUGGGAAGUCUUGAGAGGGACCAUCCUUCUGCUAUUUCCUCUCCACCUGCUUUACCACUGAAGAAAAAUAGCCGAAAAAAGAAAACAGGCAAAACAGCCUCUACUGAGACGGAGUCAGAGGUACCUUCACAGCAUAGCGUUAAUACCACUGACAAUACUGAUAUUAUGUCUAAAAUGGGAUCUGAACUUGAAGAGAUAUUAAAACAAAUGGAUAAUAUUAAAUAA